AUGCAAAGAAAUAAGAUAGCAAAGUCGCAUAAAUAUGCUCCUAUCACAUCCAAACUCCCUGUAAGAGUUGAUAACAAACUUUGGCUGGAGCCAUAUUACCCAAAUAGAUUCACUCGCCAAUUUGGUUUUGAUCAGGGUGUUCCUUCUGAUAAACUUAGCUUUGGUAAUGCCAAGAGGAGUCAUUGUAUUGUUGAGGAUUUUUUCAGAGCUCAAACUUCACUUCUGAGGAGAAACACUUCAGUGCUUUUCUACAUUCUGCGUUCUACUCGUAUGGGGCAAUGCACGUACUGGUACUGCAGGUGGUGGAUGGGUUAUACCACAUCAUACUUGGAGGCGAAGAAUUUCAGGCAUGUAUAUAUUAUUGGUGAAGUGCAAGGUAUUUUUGAUAAACUUCAUUCUUCUAAGUCAUCUAAAGAGAUGCUUGCUCAUCAUGAAGGAAUGAAGUCAGUGUUCAAUGUCUUGAGGUCAAUGUUGGACAUUCUUGAUUUUGGCAAAACUGAGCUUGAAUGGUUUGUUAACACAAUAGACCAAAUUUUCUGUUGUGUCUUGCAAAUUUCUGAGAACACCAGAAUUGUUGAACAAGGUACUUGGGUUCGUGAUCUAAUUCGUCGUCAUGAUGAUUGUCUAAACUCCAAAAGGGUAGUUGACUCAGACUUACCGAAUUUUACUCAAGAGCUUGAAGACUUAGAUGCUCAGGAGUUUGUUGUUAAAGAAGUAGAGGAACGAGUUCGUAUGCUUCGAGAACAACAUGAUUCUGGAAAGCUUUCUCUUAACUGUCACAUCAAAGAUGCCAAAACUUCCAUGAGGAAACAAAACAAGUUGGAUGAAGAGCUUCGCCAGUCACGUAUCGGUGAAAAAGAGCUUCUAGAAAUUGAGCAUAUCAAGGCCUCUUGCAAGUCACAGGAAGCGGAGAUCCAAACACUGAUUGAUUCAUUGGUUUCCUUUUGUAAUAAGUCCUAA